CACGAAUUUUUCAUCAGAUUUCAGAUUAAUUUUUGAUCGUACUUGUCGAGUGGUGUUUUAUGAUCUUCGUGCGGUGUUUUUCGAAUUAAAAAAAUUGUUUUUUGAUCGAAAAAGAAAAUAAUUCGAACACUUUAAUCAUGAACCGAGCACUUGUGGCAUUCUUGGUCGUCUUUAACUUGGCGGUACUAUUCUACGUGUUCUAUUUCUACCACAUCGUAGAUGAAGUUCAACAGGAAAUAAAGAAGGAAAAGGACGAUUCUCAUAACUCUCAACGAGCUGAAAAACUUCAAUCCCUGCCAGAAUACGAAGUGCAAAAGGCAGACUCUGCUCGUUCUGAAAAACAUAAGUUUCGACCUCUUGGAAAAGAUGAACCAAUUCCAAGAGGUAUGCAUGUUCGAAUCAACAUGCAAACAGGUGAACGAGAAGGUAGAUGGCUUUCGGAAGAUGAUAAUCUUUCAGAUGAUGAUGAAGAAACGUCGAUAGUUCUUUCAUCUGUCAAUGAGACCGAUACCGAACCUGAUUUAGAUAAAUACAAUUAUGAAUCUAUCGGCAAUGACACACAAAAAGUCAAGCAAAAGUUCCGUUCGUACGAACAAAUCAAAAAAGAAAUGGCAGAUUUGAAUUUACUCGUGAAAACCGACGCUGAAAUAUUAAAUCAACAUAUGAGGAGAUUUUUGGAAUUACGUGAUCAACAAUUGACUCGUGAAAACGUCGAUGAAAUCAUCGUGAUCCUGAAAGACUUUGAAAAUUUAUUACAUCAGGUCGAUAAUGGCGAAGAAUUCGCUAAACAGAAAGGAAUGUCUACGAUUGUGGCACCACUUUUAAAAGCCAACGUCACCACUUUUCGUUCGCUUGGUGCUAAUAUCUUAGGAGCUGCUGUGCAGAAUAACGCCAAAGCUCAAAUAUCUGCCUUGAAAGCUGGAGUUAUUCCUCUUCUUUUACAUAAUAUCGCUUCGAACGGCGAUUUAGAGUCGCGGUCUAGUUCAAUGUUUGCAUUAUCGUGUUUGGUUAGAUCGUUUCCAUUGGCUGAAAUGAAACUGAUCGAAGAGGGAGGAUUGCCUGUUUUGAUGGAUUUAUUUGACGAUGAUUCCGCCGAUGGUGUUAAAUUACAACUGAAGGUGGUAACAUUUUUAAGCGACCUGAUAAUCGAAAAAGAAGACGCCAAAUUAUCCAUGAAAGAAAAAGAGCAACUCAUCGCCAACGUAACGGACGAACUUCCGCGCGAAGAAUUCGCUCAAAUAAUGGAAAAAUUCCGUCAAUACAGUAUGAUUGAGCUGAACAGUAAAUUAUUCGAGCUCGGUUGGUGCGAAAAACUAGGCGUUUUGUUAACCAGACGUAGUUUCAAAACAAACGCAAACGAUCCGAACGAUGUCGGAUUAAAUUUAACCGAAACAGAUGUCGAUCACGAUAUCGUCGAUAAAGUUGUUAGUGCCACGUUACCGGUGGCAAAACAAUGCAGGGAGAAGUUAGUGAAGGAUAAAACAGUCGUUAAGGUUUUACCACGUUUAUUAGAAUAUUAUAAAAAUUUAUCCGGCGAUGAAACAGACGUUGAUGAUACUUUCUACCACGAUAUACACAAUAAAAUAAAUCAGCUCAGCGUCGAGUUGGUAUUGAAAUAGGUAAAUUAAUGAACGUUAGUUAAUGAUGAAAAAUUACUGUGAUAUCGUUUACCAUUCGACUGAAUUGUACCGCCGUAUACCGUACCUAUGGAGCCUAUUUUCAUAAUGAAUAACACGUCACUAUGUUGCUGUCGUAAGUCGAAACGCAAAAUUUACUCCCAUUCGUGGUUAAAAAUUUACAACCGAGUAGCAUACUAUCUUUGAUUAAGAUAUUGGCCACGUGUUUCAGCAUCUGCGUGUGUACGAGAAUAAUGAUUAAUUAAUAAUUUUGAAAUAUUCCGACGUAACUUCUAGUCACCUAUAGCUAUUUAUACCUAUUGCCUACCUGAGAAUUGCCGUCUUUAUAAAAUUGCCAUAUUUUACAAUAACAGUCUUCCGAUACGGUGAUUAAAUACUCGUUAUUUUCCGAUAUAUCGAAAGACGUAAUGGCUCGAGCGUGAGCUGCCACCUCUAGCGAAACGUUCAACGUAUUUAUUCUACUCUUGUGAGAGUCUCUCUCGACAUUGUACAGUCGUAUUUUUCCGCAACCGUAAGUUGCUACGAGGAAAUCUCGUACAAGUUUAAUUCCUAUACAGUGACUGAAAUGUUUUUGUUAUAUUGUUAAUUUUAUAAGGUUGUAAAAUAAUAAAUUAUUGCAUUUUGUUUUGUACCAUGUA